UCGAACAGAAGCAAAAGCACUAAGCUCUCUGCCUGCCUUUGGAUUUAGUCCAAAUGAAUGCAAACCAUCACGUGGGACCCAGCCAAGCAAUGACGUGAAAUUCUGCUCUGUCAGAAGACAGCAUCUGUCAAAGCCCACAUUUAAACUGCUGCUUGCCUGUGCAGCAGCUGAAGAACUAUGGAUUGGAUUUUGCCGAACAAAACCUUAAGCUAAGAGCUUCCCCCCCCCCACCCCCUCGCUUCAAGUCAUCCCUUUCGGUUACUGCCUAGCAACAAUGAAGGAAGAGGGGUAAAUCCCGUUAUCAAAUGCAAGCCAACAAUUCCAGCUUCUAGCUCAUGCUGUUCUGCCUGGCAUCGCCACUAGAAAUAUGGAUACUGAAGAGAAAACAGAGCACUGCAUUGUCCAGCAAGGGAAACACCAACUGUAAAAGCGUCAAUGCUUCCAUUGUCAGAAGCAGACAAUACCAGUCCGAAUGGAGGCAAAAAAUGCUGCUUCUGUCUCUUGAAAGAUGACCGGAGAAAAAUCAAGACGAACACGCUGGUGAGCAGGGAAGGUAGCGGAGCAGGAAGCGUACAGAUGGACACACUGGAUACCGUGAAAAGCAGUCGCAGGCAGCAGGCUGCUGGAGGAGAGAUGUGCGCAUGGCCGAUAGCAUCUUUUUGGCUGAAGGGAUGGCGUGCCAAAACUACUUGCAGUGGGCAUAAUCCUCUCACCACAAAUGGCUUGACAAAGGAAGAGCUGGUGAUUCGCUAACAAGCUGUCCACAACGGAAGAUGGACACCAAGAAAUAGCAGUGGAUCCAAAAACAGAGCAUUUCCUUCAAUCAUUCUUACAUCCCAUUUCUGGAUACUUACAACAUGCUUCAGUGGAGAAGGAGGCAUUGCUGCUUUGCCAAGAUGACCUGGAAUACCAAGCGGUCCCUGUUUCGCACCCAUUUCAUUGGCUUACUCUCUCUGGUGUUCCUUUUUGCUAUUUUCCUGUUUUUUAAUCACCAUGACUGGCUGCCUGGCAGAGGUGGAUUCAAAGAAAACCCUGUGGCUUACACUACACGGGGAUUUAGAUCGAUGAGAGGCGAAACAAACCACAGCUCUUUGAGGACCAUUUGGAAGGAUGCAGUUCCGCAGACCCUCAGGCCGCAGGCGAUGGCUAAUUCCAACAAUACGGAGCUGUCGCCUCAAGGAGUUACUGGUUUAGAGAACACACUGAGUGCCAAUGGGAGCAUUUAUAAUGUGCGAGGCACGGGACAUCCGACGUCAUAUCACUUUAAGUAUAUUAUCAACGAGCCUGGGAAAUGCCAGGAGAAAAGCCCCUUUCUAAUACUGCUCAUAGCUGCAGAACCAGGGCAGGUGGAAGCUCGACAAGCUAUAAGACAAACCUGGGGAAAUGAGAGCUUGGCGCCCGGGAUCCAAAUCGUUCGGAUUUUUUUGCUGGGUUUAAGUGUUAAGCUGAAUGGAUACCUUCAGAGAGCCAUCCUGGAGGAAAGCAGGCAAUACCACGAUAUUAUCCAACAAGAAUACUUAGAUACUUACUACAACUUAACCAUCAAAACACUGAUGGGGAUGAACUGGGUUGCAACCUACUGCCCCAAUGUCCCCUACGUUAUGAAAACGGACAGUGACAUGUUUGUCAAUACAGAGUAUUUAAUACAUAAGCUUUUGAAGCCAGAAUUUCCUCUCCGGCACAAAUACUUUACGGGCUAUCUAAUGAGGGGGUAUGCACCCAAUCGGAACAAGGAUAGUAAGUGGUAUAUGCCGCCUGAUCUAUAUCCGAGUGAACGGUACCCUGUGUUCUGCUCUGGGACUGGCUAUGUGUUUUCUGGAGAUUUAGCGGAAAAAAUAUUUAAGGUAUCACUGAGUAUCAGGCGUUUGCACUUGGAGGAUGUAUAUGUGGGCAUCUGCCUUGCCAAGCUGCGAAUUGACCCCAUGCCCCCACCCAACGAGUUUGUCUUCAAUCACUGGCGGGUUUCUUAUUCCAGCUGUAAAUACAGUCACCUAAUUACCUCCCAUCAGUUCCAGCCUAGUGAACUGAUCAAAUACUGGAAUCAUUUACAACAGAAUAAGCACAAUGCCUGUGCCAACUCAGCAAAAGAAAAAGCGGGCAAGUAUCGGCAUCGUAAACUUCACUAGAAGGCACCCUCCUCCUAAAACUAUUCCAUGUGCAAUUUGUAAAAAAAAAAUUAAAAAUAAAGAGAAAGGGGGAAAGGCUGAAAGCAUGUAUAGUGAAAAAAAUGUGCUUGAGAGGGACAAUAUUUAAGACCAAGCACUUAAUGAUGUUUGAAAAUUAUUUUUUUAAUUUAAAAGAAAAAAAUCUAACUCUUGGAAAUAAUAUUAUGAUGGAAGUAUUAAUCAAGAAGUUUUCAAAAUCUGGGAGGUUAGAGAAAGAUGGUCUCAAGAUAUUUGUGUUAAUGUGCAAUAAUAAGCAUGCACAGUUUGGUGGUACAAUUGCUAUUUUAUGUGCCAAUAAAAUUAACUGCGCAAAUAUUA